AUGAAUAGCCCUUCCUCUGCCGUCAUGGCCGACUCCGUGUCGAGUUCAAGCGAGCAUCCUCCGGUAACAUCAAAUCAAUCACAUUCAAAACGAAUACGUCUUUCUCUGGCCUGCAAUCAAUGUCGUAAACGCAAAGUACGAUGCGACGCCCAGACCCCAAAAUGUCACAACUGUAUUCUCCGAGGAGACGACUGUCAGACAACAAAUCCCAGGAAUCCCAAGGAGCACGCCGUUCGGAAAUGGGCUUCUAAAAGCAGCACUACCCAGAGCGACAACAGCACCCACGAGGGAUCUGAGCCUGCCCGUGAUCGUCACCUUCGGACAGUUUCGCCGCGGCCACGCCAAUAUCUGUCACCAGCGUACGAUAAUGGCUCUGAGGGUGAAGACGCGGCUUCUCGCCGCCUCUCUUGGGUUGCACAGGCUUAUCGGGCCAAUGUUAGAGACAAUGACAGCGGCCAUGCACCACCCGGCCACUCAGAUCUCAACCCCGAUAUAGCCCUCAACACCGAUGAGAGUUCACAUAGGCUCAAGUUCAUGGGCGGCAGCAGCGUCCAGUCUCUGACAAUGUUUGCCGAUUUGUUCUUUAAGAAACGAGGUCUUCGUACCUUGUCGCCUUACUUUCGCUUCGGUAUGCAUCAUGUUGAGGAAUUCCAGCUUCCUCUGUCGCUACAACUGCCAUCUCUUCCCCCUCUGUCAACCCUUGACGCAUACCUGGACGUCUACAUGAAGAGAGUAUUUCCCCUCUUCCCUGUCUUUGAUGAGACUACCAUGCGAUCGGAUAUGGACCGCCUGGUCUCGCUUCAAGAGGCAGAACCGUCAGGUAGCCUCCAAGGUGCAAUCGACUCUCCUCAAGUUCCCAUCCUCGUCGCUAUUUACUCUAUCAUCUGCAUUGGUGCCGACGAGGAAACGGGCUCGUUGACAGAGAUCGGCACACAUUUCUUGACUGCAGCAUACGGCCUUCUGGCUCAUGUAAUCUCCACCCCAUAUCUGGCUUCCGUACAAGCUUUGGUCCUUCUUACCAUCGCAUUACGAGGCCGAAGCAAAGAAGGCCAAGGAUGGCAGACACUAGGCCAAGCCAUCCGCAUAGCACACUCGAUUGGUCUACACAGACAUGCAUCAACAAAAAGCCCACAUAAUGCCCCUCAAAGAGCUGAUUCUGCACCGUCGCCGGGGUAUCAGGGCAACCGAAAGCUCCACGGGCAAUUAUGGUGGAGUUGUUAUACACUCGAGAAGCUGAUGGAACUUGAAACUGGUCGUCCAAGUGCAAUCCACGACUCGGAUUGUGAUCAAACACUACCGGAACCUGUGCCUGUUCCUGCCGCCGGAAUAGCCAUGUCCAUUGGAUCUUCCCCAGAGGGACAAGCCGACCGCCAAACUAUUGACUACUUUCAGCCGUGGGCCUCUUUAACAAGAAUCAUCAGUAGCAUCAGUGCUCAUAUUUACGGACGUUCGGGGCAAGCUAAGUCUCCCCGGAUCCUCCUUGGUGGCACCGUUCGUCUUGACUCGGCUCUGACUGAAUGGGCACAAUCACUUCCUCCCGAAAUUCGCCCCCCAGGACCGCACAGCGGAAAUGUGAUUCUAUGCGAGACCGGGCACAAACACCUUGCUGCAUUUCUGGCCAUUCAUUACCACCACGCCCUAAUCUGCCUUCAUCGUGCAGCGCUCGUAUUCCCGGAAGCCAUGUACCGCACCCACAUCAACUCACAGGCCGAUUCCGCUGGUCUGUCUACAGUAGAACUCUCCCGUCUGCGUAGAGGCGCAGAUAUCUGCAUCGGCUCAGCCAGGGCGAUAGUGAGACUUACCGGCGAAAUAGCCGACGACUCGACGCCGACUCCUCGCGCGAGAGGAGGACAGCUAGGCGAAACACCCACAAACAGGUCAGAAUCAGUCGUCUUCACCAUCACGCAACCCCUCUUAUCAGCAGUGGCCUUGGCGCUUCACAUACUCAAGCAGCCCCGCUCACGCCUCGCGCGGUCCGAUCUAGAGCUUCUGGGUAUAGCGGCCCAGUAUGCGGAGGAGCAGUACACCAGAGUCUCGCAGAACCCACGCUUCAUCCAGGCGUGCUCCGUUCUGCAGUCCAACAUGUCCGAAAUUGUGUCCUUGCAGGCCCACCAGCAUCAUUCCAGCCAUUCUAGCCAGAGCCAUCGUGGCUCCGUCACCUCGUAUGAUAUGAGCUGGCAGGACGAGAACCGCACCCCGAGGGAGGCUUCGGCCUCCGAUGGUGUAAGAGUUGAGAUGGAUUUGAUGGACCUUGAGCUACCGGACCUGACGGGCAUGUUUACCGAGAUCAGCAACACGGACUUGUUUGGAGGAGUAAGAUUGGAGGAUCUUUGGGGGAUGCUGGGAGCACCAGCGAAUGGCCAAGGCGCGGAAGUCUCAGAUACUUCCUGGUCUCGAUCAUGA